UACAUGGACAAACGAGCAUAUUCAAUUGUCUUUCUUCCUGUCAACUACAUACCAUCUUUCAAAGACACUAUAAUCACAAACAUAUCUCCAAAAUAUCCUCGGUCUGUCACCUUUAUGCCACGACGUCGACUACCAACGAGGACUGGCAAAAGUUCAAGAGUGUAAAGUAUGGGAAUGGAGGAUGAAGAGGAUAAUGCCAUGGCUGCAGAUACUGGCAAUAGUGAAAAGGUCAGGAAGGGGGUGAAGGGUGUUUCUCACAAAGGAGAAUCGCCAGGUGAAUGAGGAUAGAGCUUGGUGGAAGAAGGAUCCUAGCUUCCUUACCCAAAAAGUUGACGGAGAAGAUGGAUAUCGCUACGACUUUAUUAUGGUGUGUAAUGGCAAACUUUUAUUUUCCAGUCCUAUUGCUACCUUUCCCGACGAUUUCAUAAUAUCGUCACCAUCUCAGUGCAACAAAGAAUUGUUGGAGGACGAUGACGAAAACCUAGAGAAAGUCAAAAAUGAUAUCAAGGAUAUAAUCUGCGAAGCCGAAUCGCAAAAGUUUACUCUCUUAACACCUGAAACCGAAAGAGGUCCUUCAAGCCUACCUAUCCUCCAAAAUUCUGUCCGGAAACCUUCUACUUUUCUCUGGUUAUCAUUGAUCGAGAAUAAUUUGGAUAUAGUUCAAGAAUAUCCCUCGAUCGAAUUUUAUCCCCGUCUCGCUAUCAAUGUUAUAUUGAAAUCGUCUAGGUAUUCAAUACAGAAGGUUCUAUUUACUAGGAAACUUAUGAGAAUUGCGUAUAUCGCGAAAGUCUGUAUCAGCGAUAUGAUAUGUGUUUCAGGAUGUUGACGCUUAUUCACAGAACGGUUGUACAGUGUGAAUAUAAGUGUUUCAAAAACAUAGCGGAGUUUCAGUAUGCUUUUUUCAUCAGAGUAUCUAAAUUGAUCGGAUUAGUUGUCAGUCAUGAUGAUGGGAGAGUUAUUGGGAUUCGGAAUAAUCCAUUUUGUUUCUUGUCCAUUAUAAUCCGCAUCCGCAGACACUGUGUAGCCUUAAGAUAUCCGGGUUGAGUCUGUCUCCUCAUCAACACCUUUCUUUCUCACCCUUCCUAAUAUAAAGGAAGGAUAGAAAGCAAAGCUUCGAAGUUGGGAAUACGAGAAGGAUAGGAGGGGGAAAGAAGAGAAAAGACUAGCAGAGGCAAGGAAGGAAUGGUAGAGAAAAUCCGGAGCACUGCGCAAUUCUGAGGUGCAGAGCAUAUAUGAUUGGCAGCUAAAGACGAGAUACAAAGGAUGAAGCCAGGUCAGCUGCCUUUCGCAAGAGUGUCCGAAACAUACUCGAG